UAUAUUUAGUUUAAACAUAAUAUUUUGUGUCAAGAAUAUUCCAUUGCCUUUUCUACAUACUUGCAAAUGGUUAAGCUUUAAGAAUUAUCAACAAUACCGGAGACUUAAGAAAAUUAAGGAUCUGAAGAAGCCUUAAUAUCGGAAAUACCAUCCUGAAUUAUUUCUGUUUGUCAGUUUUGAUGGAUCAACAUUAGGUAAAAUGCUCCAAAUUGCUGUAAAGGCGAUAUUAUUUAUAUUUGCAUUUUUGAUUAAUUAUCUCAUUCAUUUAACAAUUUAUGCAGCUUCCUGUAGAGAUCCCCAAAGAUCUUGCUGCUUGUUUCCCUGAACAUGGAACAUCAUAGCGGGGGCCUCCACGUUGAAACUUUAGUGGAAAUUAUCAGUGGCCGAUUAUACUUCGCUGUAGUUAAAGGGUCAGCAGCAUACAAAAUGAAAAGCACGAACGAUACAUUUUAUUUCAAUAUAGACAAUGAAUUGUUUUAUAAUAAUUACUAUUUAGAUUUUGGACCGUUAAAUAUAUCAUGUUUAUAUAAGUACUGUUUGAAGUUAAACAAGUACCUUAGCUUAGUCAAGGGGUUAAGACGUGUCGUCCAUUACACCACGAACAAUGACAAGAAAAAAGCCAAUGCUGCUUUUCUUAUGGGAUCGUAUGCUGUCAUUUAUCUUCAAAUGUAUCCAGAAAUUGUGGCAAAAAUGUUACAACCAGCUGGGCCCUUUAAGGGUUUUGUAGAUGCGUCACCAUCCCCCAGUCCAUAUAAACUCAGUAUAAUCAACUGUUUAAGAGCUAUAUAUAAGGCUUUAGCAUUUAAGUUUUUCGAUUUUAAAGAUUUCAACGACAUAGAAUACGACAGGAUGAAUUCCAUUCAGUACGGUGACCUGAACUGGUUGGUGCCCAAAAAAUUUAUAGCUUUUAUUGGACCUAAUCAAAAAGAGAUACUUAAUUUACACAAGCCGGAUUUUUAUAUAAAAUAUUUUUUAAAGAACGACGUAAAAACAGUAAUUAGACUAAACAAAAAGUCAUAUGAUGCUGCUGUAUUCAGGGAAGCUGGAAUUAACCAUUACGACUUGAUAUUUGCCGAUGGCAGUGUUCCUCCGACAGAUAUUUUGUUGAAAUUUUUGGAAAUUGCGGAAGAAGCACCGUCGGUCAUCGCUGUCCAUUGCAAGGCGGGUCUUGGUCGGACAGGAUCUUUAAUUGGAGCGUAUUUAUUAAAACAUUAUAGGAUGACUGCAAAGGAAGCCAUAGCAUGGAUGAGAAUUUGUAGGCCUGGAUCAGUAAUUGGACAUCAACAAUAUUGGCUUGAAUACUUGGAGAAGCCAAUGUGGGAUUUUGGAGCACAGUACAGAAUACCUUGUCAUAAAUAUGGCAUAUACAGUAGAAAGUGGCCAGUGGUUCGAGAGAAAAUGAUACAAGAGGCUCGAAGGAAACAAAGCAAAUCUUUGUGCGAUGAACCAAUGUUGAAAAGAACGGAGAGAAGGUUAAAAAGUGCAAGUCCAACAAACAAACCUUAUUUGAAAGUUUCCACAUUAACAAAAGGGAGGGAUUCAAAGUACAAUUUGGAAAAACCACUAUGUUCGACUAAAAGCGCUAUUUUCGAAAGAAAAUUAAGUGCUAAAAAGAAUACACAAGGUGAUAAACUAAAUAAUAUAAAAACCAAAAGACAUAAUUCUAUGGAAGAAAAGACACUCAAACAAAAAAUAAGUAUCCUGUAUCAGAAACAUAAUUGGUGAAUUUACAAGUAAAAUAUUUAAAGAAAAACA